AUGGCGUGUCUGAAUAUCAUACUGUGCAUACUCGCUGCCAUGCUAGCGCCCUCUGUCACUGCACGCUCGUGCUCUGAUGUUCUGCGGGCCGGAACACCAGAAUCGGUUGGCAUGCUAUCGCAGCCAUUGAAAGACAUGGUGAGCAACAUGUCACACUUCACCGAAGCCAGGAAUUGGGGGGCGGCGACACAUGACCAGACUCUGCCUGUUCAGCCUGGCGGCACUGUGCUUGUGGCACGCAAGGGCUGCAUAGUCAGCCACUUUGCCUUUGGAAAACGAAACCUCUGGGCUUCUGUUGACGGGUACAAUGGAACCAAGCUGUCAAAGUCCGCGCAGGAGGAUGCGACAGUCGACACAAUCUACGACAUGGCGAGCCUGACCAAGCUCUUUACCACCGUUGCGGUGCUGCGGUGCUUGGACAAGGGCCUUGUGACGCUCAACGGCACCGUCGUCACUUGGCUGCCCGAAUUCGGCGUCAAUGGAAAAGAAAAGAUUACACUCUUGCAGCUGCUGACGCAUACGAGUGGUCUCGGCGCGGAUCCUGCGAUUGGGCUGUGGAUGCCGCAAUUUCCUACCUACAAGUCUCGAAUCGACGACAUUCUAUCCACGAAGCCCAUCAACACACCGGGGGCCAAGUAUCUUUACUCUGAUUUGAACUUUAUGACACUGAUGCUCGUCGUGGAAGCGGUGACGGGGGAAAGGCACGAUGACGUGAUCAAAGAGUAUACGGCAGAGAUUGGCAUGGAGGACACCUUUUUCAACCGCGGCAACAUUGAAGGUGUCGCGUCUCCGUACUUUUCGCGCAUGGCCGCGCAAGAAUUCCAACAAGCCGUGAUACCAACAAGCUACGAGCCGCCGCGCCCGCAGCCAGUGCGCGGCACCGUGCACGACGAGAAUGCGUGGGCGCUCGAUGGGGUGUCGGGACACGCGGGGCUCUUCUCGACCGCGCUGGACACGGCCAAGUUUGGGCAGAUGAUUCUCAACAAUGGCACGUACGGGGGCCGGCGGAUCCUGAGCCGCGACUCGGUCAACCUCGUCUUUACGAAUUUCAAUGCGCGGUUUGGUCCCGGGAACGGGCACGGCGUGGGCUUUGAGCUGGACCAGUACUACACGGCGGGGCCCAUGGCCAACAGCCAAGCAGCGAGCCACACGGGCUUCACGGGCACUUCGCUAGUGGUUGACCGUGCGAGCGGGACGCUGUUUGUGCAUCUGGCCAACAGGGUGCAUCCGUCGCGGAAUUGGAGCAGUAAUAAUAUUGCAAGGGAAACGUUGGGAGCGUGGGUGGCUACUGCUCUAGGGCGAACCGUACAGUUUCCGUAG